AUGGCACCACCCAACAAGGAGAACAUCCAGGGAGACAUCUGGCCCCGUUUGUCCAAGAAGCACGAGCUGUUUGUCUUCUUCCGCAUCACUGACCCUCAGCUGUUCAAGAAACACUUGGCUGUCCUUGUUCCCAAUCUCACGACUGCCAGACAUGCUGAGAAGUUCAGAAGCGGGAUUUACAAGAAGAAGGCUGAAGGUACUUUCCAAGGUCUGGUCCAUUUCUCUGCCAUCAAUGUUGCCUUCUCCGCCAAGGGUCUAGCAAAGCUUGGAGCCGAACCAUUCAACGACGAUGUCUUCAACAACGGCCAGUGGGAGGAUUUGACCUACCCCCUUGCGGGAGAUGACAAGACAAAACAUAACGGUCUCGAUGACCAGCAUGAUUGGUUCCACCAAUUCACCCCACGAGGUGGAUACCUCGACGGUGUCUUCACUAUCACCGGUGAAAGUGAAAAGACCUUGGUCGAUACCAUUAAAUCGGUUAAGCAGGCUUUCGGAGUUGGUCUUGAGCCCAACCCAAACGACAAAACCCCUCCAGCCGACCCUAUUCUCGACAAGCCAAGUAUUCAACUUGUCUUCCAGCAGCAGGGACAUGUUCUUGAUGAUGACAGAGAACAUUUUGGAUGGGUUGAUGGUAUCUCCCAGCCCGUUGUCAUUGGUCUGGACACCGAUGCGAAGGUCGAAGAAGCCAAGAAGGGCUUGAAGCCAAUCCAGGCUGGUACUAUUCUUGUUGGAGGCGAAGGCGAUCAAAGCAACCACCCGGCCUGGGCCAAAGAGGGAAGCUUCAUGGUGUUCCGCACAUACGAACAGAGAACACCCGAGUUUGUCGCCUGGUGUGGCCGCAACACCAAGAAAAUCGCCACCGAGGGCAUGACAGCGCGAGCUGCGGGAGAGCUUCGCAAAUUCUCCUCCCGUGUUAUUGGACGAUGGCCCAACGGAGCCCCGCUUGAACUUCACCCAGACGAAGAUCCUACACCUAUGGAGCAUCCUGAGCCAAUGCAGAACAAGAAGUUGUUGUUUGAGAAAUGGAAAAAGGAGGGCAAAGACCCUGAAGCGGAAUAUAAGAAGCUGGAAUUGGUGAAUCACACGGAUGCCUUCACUUACGACCCUGAGGACCAAACCAAAUGUCCUUACGCUGCCCAUAUCCGGAAGUGCGGGCCUCGAGAUGACUUCCCCAAUUACGAGAGGCAUCUUAUGUUGCGACGAGGAAUUCCCUACGGACCAUUGACAGAGAUCAAUGAGAAGGGUGGUGGCGUGUCACAGCAUGACCGUGGCCUGUUGUUCGUUUCCUACCAGAGCAGCAUCACCAACGGAUUCCGAUUCGUCCAGAAAGAAUGGGCAAACAAGGAGGAUAAACCCGUUGAUUUCACUGACAAGAUGGGAAAUAUCGCGCCCCAGGGUAUCGACGCUAUCAUCGGUCAAGUACCUCCUGAGUACCGCGAGGAGGAUAACGUUACCAAAUACGAGCACCCGGCUCCUGUUGCAAACUUCCCCGAUGUUGAGAAGCCUGUGCCGACCCCGAACAAGCAUUACAUUCCCAUCGAACGCUGGGUCAUCCCUCGCGGUGGUGAGUACUUCUUCGCUCCUUCGAUCUCAGGAAUGAAGGAGGCUCUUUGCAAGUAA